AAACUAGUAGUGGCAACGAAGCAACAUGCUAAAACAAUGGACAGUUUGCGCAACCCCGCCAGCGACGUGCAGCGAUUGAUUUUCAACGCACCCAGGAAAACAAAAGUCAGACUUUGAAGCGAUGAAGGCAGCCAGACCUGUUCGCAUGGACGGAGCUAGUGUGAAGUGUGGAGCGGUACAGAGAUCAUUCUUUGUUUAACCCAUGGCAACGCCCUUGACAACGAAAAUGCUUUCCUUCGGCAAUCUUCGAAAAUCUUCGGAAAUUACGUCACACCGGGAAGUGCGAGGGAAGUCCGCCAUAGAACAGUAUUGCGCCAUCAUCGAAUAGACUUCUCUGCUGCAAACACUCCGAAGAUGCCUGCUUCCUUAACCGGUCUGCUUGUGAUCAAGGAUUUACCAAAAACCUCUCCUCAUCCUCCAGAGCUGCGCGUCCCCCCCACCCGUCCCCGCUCGGACGAGAUGAGCCCGAGACGAGCGUCCUUCCGUCGGCGGGAUCUCUCCUGAGACGGCGUCAAAGCGCACUUUUUCCUCUAUGAGAGCUCCCCUCGCUCCCGGUCCCGCUCGCCCUCUUCCUCCCGUCACCGACCGGCCUUUCCCUUGCGGCUUGGGGGGUCUGCCGCGGGGGGCAGCCGACGACCGCCGUGCAAGACGCCGCGCGCCGUACUCCGCGUGAAGAAUGCCCAGCAGCCCCGCUUGGCCAGGCCGGCCGACCCGGGCACGGCGAUGGCCGGCGGGGCCGCCGGGGCCGGCGGAGGCGGCCUCUUCAUGGAGCGCUCGCAGAGCCGCAUCAGCCUGUCCGCGUCCUUCGAGGCGCUCGCCAUCUACUUCCCCUGCGUCAACUCCUUCGACGAGGACGACGGAGUGGAGCCGGACGGGCGCAAGUUGAAGGGGGCCAUCCAGAGGAGUACGGAGACGGGCCUGGCGGUAGAGAUGCCCAGCCGCACGCCGCGGCAGGCGAGCCACGAGUCCAUCGAAGACAGCAUGAACAGUUACGGCUCCGAGGGAAACCUCAACUACAGCGGCGUGUGCCUGGCCUCCGAUGCCCAGUUCAGCGAUUUCCUGGACGGGAUGGGACCGGCGCAGUUCGUUGGCCGGCAGACGCUGGCCAUGACGUCCAUGGGUGACGUGGAGAUCGGCCUGAUGGAGAGGAACGGAGGUCUGGAGGUGGAGGUGGUCCAGGCGAGAGGACUCACCAUGAAAGUGGGCUCCAAGGGGCCUCCCGCGGCCUACAUUAAAGUCUACCUGCUGGAGAACGGCGCCUGCGUAGCCAAGAAGAAAACCAAAUCAGCCAGGAAGUCCUUGGACCCUCUUUACAACCAAGUGCUGGUCUUCUCCGAGAGCCCACAGGGGAAGGUGGUCCAGCUGAUUGUUUGGGGCAACUACGGGCGCAUGGAGCGCAAAUGCUUCAUGGGGGUGGCCCGCAUCCUAUUGGAGGAGCUGGACCUGAGCAGCACGGUGAUUGGCUGGUACAAGCUGUUCCCUACCUCGUCCAUGGUGGAGCCCACCAGCGCCCCCCUCAUGCGGCACUCGUCGCAGAUGUCACUGGAAAGCGCCGUGGGGCCAUGUUGCGAGCGACCCUGAGAGUCAAGCCUCCUCCUGCCUUGUGAGGCACAUUCGGGACUCGCCGAACGUUUCCCGGCCUGUCUUUUGGGACCACUCUGACGAGGAUGCCGCCUCCCGUUUGGACCAACUUCACGCUGCAGGCUCAGCAUCUAUCAACCACAUCGUCGUCGUCUACCGCAGUCUCGUCUUUUUUGUUUGCAGUUCUCAAACCAGGGGAACAUUUAUAUUCAAAAAAGCUUCGGCUAUGUCAUAGUUUUAAGGUGACAAAUUUAGAAUUUUUACAAGUAAUUUAAGAAAGUACUGAAAGUGACCAAAUCAAAAUGUCCAAAAUAUUGAAGCUACGUUACAACUGGCUUGAAAAUCAACUUGCAAAAUUUUGAGGACCCCAGUUUGAGAACCACUGUUUGAUUUUCAUUAACGUGUCCACGUGAACUGCUUGUUACCCACGCUUUACUUUUUUUUUUAAUACCCAGUCGCCAUCCAAACUACAGUAGUAAUAUUUGAAUGUAAAGUUUGUCCGACAAUGUAGCUGUGUGCUAGCAACAAAAAGGGGGGUGUUGGGGGGUAACUACAGGAAUGUUACAUGCAAAGUGUACAUGUAUUUUACAUUUGUAGAUAAAACCAUUUACAAAAUGUGAAAAAAACUGAUUUGGAAUGCGAAAAACCCAAAAAUGUUUUUUUUUUUCAAAAAAAUUAAGUAAACACAUUCACAAAAGUGAAAACCUAAAAUGCAAUUGGAAUAUUAAUUAAAAAAAUAUAUAAAAACAAAUGAAAUGUACACAAUUAAAGUUACACACAAAUGUAUUGAAAAAAUUGAUUUCACAUAAUUUAAAUUUACUAAUGAAUGUACACAUUUAUGAAAGUAUAAUUAAAAUUUACCAAAGCAGGACAGUAAAAAAUGUACAAAAUCCAAAGUAAUUUACAUGGAUAAGAAAAAGCCAUUUACGAAACAAUGAAAAAAAAAAUACAAAAAAAUAAAACAGUAAAAUAACAAAAGAGUACAAAAAAGUGUUAAUAAAUUUUAAUAAAUCUCCCAAAACUAACAAAUAGUUUAAAAUUGUAAAAAUAUGAAGUUAAAAUGAGUGAACAAAAGUAUGAAAUAUAUAUAUAUAUGUGUAUAUACUGGACUGUCUCAGAAAAUUAGAAUACACAAUAUUCUAAUUUUCUGAGACAGUCCUGUAUAUUGUUCUAUGUAAAGGACGUCAGCCAAGGUUGGCCCCCCACAUUUUUACCACGCCAAAUCUGGUCCCCUUUGCAAAAAGUUUGGACACCCCUGCUUUAAAUGGUGGAUUAAUGUACAGGACUGUCUCAGAAAAUUAG